AUGCAUUUUUCCUACGUUAUCUUUGGCCUCAUCUCGGUCGUUGAACUUGCGUCUGCCCUACCAGCUGGCGAUGCUGCGGAAGCCAUGACUGGAGGGUACCAUCUUGUUUGGAGUGGCCCUAUUGACGAUGAGUCUACCGGCUUGAGCAAACGUGACACCGCUGGCGCCAAUGCGAAUUGCUAUACGUACACUUAUUAUCGGAACGAUGGAACCUCCCAAACGCAAUAUGUCGAUGUUAUUUGCAGAUAG